AUGGCUGUAAUGACGGCGGAGUUAGCGGAUGUGAAAACGGCGAAUAAAACAUGUUGUGGAUGUAACAAACGAUGGAGUGUAAGCGCUGAACACUUCUGCUGUAUACCCGGUUGUCCGGGGUGUAAAAUAAUGUGCUCCACAAAAGGUAGAUGUCAUUGUAACGUUUGCGACUGCGGGUGCCAGAAAGAUAAUGAUGUCAGAGAAGGCAAAACGCGUUGUUACCAGAGCACAUCUAACGUUUGCCCCAAAUGCAAGACGAAAUGCAAAGAUGUUCAAAAUGGUGAAAGAUGUAUAUGCUUCCUGUGCAACUGUGGAUGCAAUGGCGUGAAUUGUGGCUGCUGUACUUGGUGUGCUUUUAACAACUGUACUGGAGUAUGCGACCGAGAAGACAAACACAGCGAAAAAUGUAAAGAAAACAAAGAUAGCAAAAGCAAGGAGUAUGAAUCGGGCAAGUAUUACUGUGACAAGCACUUAGAUGGCAAAUGUAUCGGCGGAAUUUGCGACACAAUCUACUACACCACCGGCACCUGCCGUGCGAAGUGCCAAUACUGCGGUACAUUAUGCGGCCAACACGUGUUUUUCCUACAGUGCACCAUAGGAGGCCCCAUCAUUGGAAUCAUACUAGUCAACAUCGUAGUAUGGUUGAUGUGGCGUGACAAGGCGCUGAAGGCGGUAGAUAAGAUGCGCCGCUCAUUCGCCAAUCGCCCCGGACUAUUCAAAACACGCUGGAUGACAUUUGAAAACCACAGUGCAUAUCGAUAUGGCAUCACAACCACUCAAAAAAUUAAAGUGCACCAACUACUAUCAAUAAUCAUCUACAUUAAGCCAAUAAUCACGUCAAUAACGAUCAAGAAUACAGACGCAUCAAAAUACGACCACAUCAACUACGACAAAGGAUGCACCACACUCAAGCCAAUACUCACAUCACCGCCCACACCCAUCACUCCAGACCAACCAAACAAGACAAACACCAUGCACAUCACCACCUACAACCGACCCAGCACAGGAAACACAAAGAACUCAAAAUUAGGCGGACGCCAAGUCGCCGUGUCCGACCUAACGCUGCGCGUAGUCACGCAGCAUCAGACUCUUGCCGAGCAAGUGAACUGCUCGCACCGACAUCAUCUCGCUCCACGAGAACAUGUAGCGGCGUCUCAGAGCCAGCAGCUGCGCCAGCACGAAACCGUGUGCGCCGAAUAG